UCACCGUGUCUCUUACUAUAACUGAAAUUGCUAAAGACUUUGGCGUCGAGAACUCUGACGUCUCAUGGGGUCUCACGGUCACAUUGAUGCUACGUUCUGUUGGUGCUCUAGUCUUUGGUACUCUGUCCGAUCGUUACGGACGGAAGUGGCCCAUGAUCAUCAACCUGGCCCUCUUCAUCGUCCUGGAACUCGCAUCGGGCUUCUGUAACACAUUGCCGCAGUUUCUCGGUGUUCGUUCGCUUUACGGUAUCGCCAUGGGUGGUCUCUUUGGUCCAGCAGCCGCCACAGCUCUAGAGGACCUACCAUAUGAUGCUCGUGGCCUACUCUCUGGCCUUUUUCAGCAAGGCUAUGCGACCGGCUACCUGCUCGCUUCGAUCUUCUAUCGAGCUCUUGUUCCAACUACAUCCCACGGCUGGCGCUCACUGUUCUGGUUUGGCGCUGGUCCGCCUGUCCUGAUCAUAGCCUUUCGCUGGUGUCUCCCAGAAACCAACAACUUCCAAGUGAUGCGUGCCGAGCGUGAAGCCCAACUCCUUGCCGAAAAAGAGCAGGGUGGCGAGCACCACGUCAAAGCUGCCGGCUUCAAGGCCUGGACUCGAGAGUCUUGGGUCGCCAUCAAGCAAAACUGGGUGCUUUUCGUCUACUUGGUCAUUCUGAUGACUGGAUUCAACAGUUGCAGCCACGGCAGUCAAGAUCUGCUCCCAACCUUCCUGAAGAACCAAGUUCUCAUGGGCCCAACGGAUGUGACAGUUGUAAGCGUUGUUGGCCAAAUCGGUGCCCUCAUAGGGGGGACAACACUUGGGUACAUCAGUACCUUUCUGGGUCGUCGUCUCACCAUGCUUAUUGCUUGUGUGUGCGGAGGUGCUCUAGUGCCGGCGUAUAUCCUUCCAUGCAAUAUGGGCCUGGUCGGCUCAGCAUUUGCAUUGCAAUUCUUUGUCGGUGGCGUUUGGGGUGCCAUUCCCAUCCACUUGAUGGAAGUCUCGCCGGAAGCACUACGAACUACCGCUGUUGGGCUCACCUACCAGCUCGGGAACCUUGCGAGUUCCGCCUCUGCAACCAUUCAAGCAGUCAUAGGCGAGCGGUAUCCUCUCCCUCCACAUAAUGGGGUUGAACGUUUCGACUACGGUAAGGUUAUAGGAAUCUUCAUGGGCGCGGUCUGGGCAUACCAGAUUAUCUUCCUACUCCUAGGACCUGAAAUGAGCGAGAAAGAGCGUGCGGCUUAUGCAAAAGAGGCGCAUGAGUUGGAGCGUCUGCGUAAGGACGGUGUGAGUCUGAAUGACAUCGCGGUGGAGAGGGUCAAGAGUAGGCAAAUGGCUUCGCCACGAGCAGAAGGUAGAGAAGUAGUAGAGAGGAGUCCUGCCGAGAAGAUGGAUCCAGGUGAGCACUUGGAAAGCGCGUAGAGCACUUUUGUACAAGCAGGUUGUCCAUAGCUGAGUAGGUGCCGAUUAAGGAACACCGGAGUGUUUGUAUCGAUGUUGGAAGGACUGUACCGUUUGCAGUCGAAGUAUACGCAGGGAUCAAAGAGGUGUGAGUGGCUUGGGAACAAGAAGACAUGAAUGAAGUUAAGAGUUUUGCG